UCCCUCUUUUCCUUUUCCCCAAUCUUCCUUUCUUUCUUUCUUUGAUAGUUUCUCACAGUCUCACUGGUCACAAGAAUUAGACUCACAAAAUAUAAUAUAAAUAUAGAGAGUAAAUCAAUGGCUUCAGCAGCAACGAGAGAGCUACAGAAAGAGCUAGAAGGGAAAGCCAAUGAUCUUAGCAAAAUCCAAAAAGAUAUAUCGAAAAACCACCAAGUGAGAAAGAAGUACACCAUCCAACUUGGUGAAAACGAGCUCGUUCUUAAGGAGCUAGAUUUGUUAAAUGAGGAUGCAAAUGUCUACAAGUUAAUUGGACCAGUGCUCGUAAAGCAGGAUCUUGCUGAAGCAAAUGCAAAUGUUCGGAAGAGAAUCGAAUAUAUUUCAGCUGAAUUAAAGCGUUUGGAUUCAACUCUUCAGGAUAUGGAGGAAAAGCAAAAUAGCAAGAAAGAAGCGAUUUACAAGUUGCAGCAAAGGAUUCAGUCUCUUCAGGCUGGAAAAGCCAAGGCUUAGUUUGUUUUACAAAAAGUGCUGUUUAUUGUCCGAUAAGUUGGUUGUCUCAGGAUGUAACUUCUCUUAUGUUUUUUUUUUUUUGAAAGGCAACUUCUCUUAUGCUUUGAACUUCAAUUGUUAUUCAAAAGAUGCAUCUAUUCCCAUCCUACAUGUUACAUACA